GUUCGUGAGUCUUGCGAUGAAAUUGUAGAUAUGACUAUCAAUGCUCCUGAUGAAAGCUAGUAAAGCAAGAGGAUCGACGAAGUUGAAUGCUGGUUCCAUGUAGUUCCACACUUACUUUUCCGGAAAUCAUGAAAGGCACGAAAUCUUGAACAUGACAUCAAUUUCGUCCGAUGUGCUCAACUUGCUCCAAGAGCGACGCGCAUUGACUCUAGAGCAGGAAGAGAUCUUUGUCGCCCGCGACCACCGCCGCAGCAGAAGCGUCUUGGAGGAGGAAAAUCCGGCUAUCUUUCUCGAACCAAAAUGGACCGCCGAGGAUAUCGAUCAAAAAGGACCCAAGUGUGAAAGGAGCUUUCGGCGAUUCCAAGACCGGAAAGCAUUCCGACGGGUGGUUGAAAGGUAGGAGCGUCAAUUAGUACUAGAAGCGGUGCUGAUGUUCUCAUAUGAUCCAUUGCACCACACUUGCGUUGUUCUCACUUGCAGUAACGUUUUCCGAUUGUGUUUGUUGUUGUGCAUGAUUUUGAGCAUCAAGAAUGUCGCAUGAAAAUGACAGACUCCGGCUUCUGCGGACUGACGUUCGACGACAAGCUGCCGAUGCCCAACAGACUUUGACACGCAUUGCCAACAAUGAGUCACCACUGGUUCAUUGUACAGACGCCCUCGCCCCAGAAGCUGGUGGCGCCAAAAGGUCACAAGAAAUAUCGCCACUGGGACACCCGACUGGAAGCAGCACUAGGGCUGGAGGAAGCUCGUCACCGUCCACCUCUCGCGGGCGGACGACUUCUAGCGCCCUUGUUUCCGCGGCGAAAUCAGCUUUGACGCUGUGCGGUCCCGUCAAUGCGCAACCAAGAGGCCAUUCUACACCAGCAACCGCGAAUGCAUCUGCUCUUGAUGCUGUGACUGGCUUUUUAGCGCCAGCAUCUCGUCCAUCAAGAAUUUCUGACCGAGAAGCGAAAGUCAAAAUCCAGGAUCUCGAAGCUCUGCAGUUGUCCGUUGCACAGCAGAUGGAACAGCGCAUAGCGAUGUUGGAAGCGCAAAUAACGCAAGCGUCCUCGUCCACCUCUCCGCAAGCGGACUCGCGCACUUCAAGAGGCCGCGUUAGCGCUUUCAGAUUCGAGCCGGGGACUCGAGGCAGCGGCGCUGGUGCAACGAAGAGUUCCUCAUCUUUGCAAGCACGUGUCCUGAGCUUGAAGUCAGCCGGCCAAAAAUUGGAGUUCGUUGCAGAGCAAGCCUGCGUGUUUGACGGAAAAAAUCAUGCAUCGCAGGAUGGAGCCGGAACCCGUCCAGAAGACCACGCUGAUGGCCGCUCUCCUGCGAACGGAGAUAGUACCGGACUCUUAACACGGCAGGAUUCUCUCAGCAGUUUGAUUCGUCGCGAUAGCACAGGUCCGGGGGAUUUCGACGGGUCGCCACCAGGGUAUGUCGAAGACACCGACGAGGCUGAUCCACCUUACAAAAGGAUGAGACAGCGAGACGCAGUCUCAUUUGCAAGAAAUCAACGGGCAGCACUAGUCGGCAAGGUUGAUCUUUACCUGGCCGAAAUGGCCAGUGCAAGAGAAAUGGAUGCGGCCCUUGCAGCAGAAGGGCGGGCUUCAGAAACAACGACCAGUGCGAAGAUGAAGCAACAAGAGGUCGCUGCGGCAGACAUUGCCGGUGCGCAUUCCUCGUCCUCCGCGGAAGAGCAGGUGCUAUCGGCGAGGCAGCGAUCCGGAGAAGUAGAGAAAGUGGUAAAUAAGAACGGCACGACUGAGGGACUUUUUCCCAUUCACAACUACACGUCUGCAUCACGUCGGACUCCCGUCGAUGAGGAGAUCAGUGAUCUACACACGAAAGUUUACGACGUACUAAACGACGCCUUGCGCAAGGACCAGACCAGCUCCGGCAUGAGCGGGUUUAGCAAAGCGAUGAGACCACCUACUGUGACGGGCAGCAGGGCGCAGGCGUUCGUGAAGGAAGCGAGUUCUUCCGCUGCUGGCGAUGCGAGUCGGACAAUAGCGCCCUCGUUGAAAACAGAUUUUCGUGACGAGAAGCAGACCGCAACCACGGCGGAGCUCCAGCAUCGUCUGCAGCAUUGCACCAAACUUUUGAAGCAGCUGGACGUAGAAAUUAGCAAAACCUUGUCGCCGACAAUCGCAGCGCUGAAGGAAAGCAGUCGGGAGAACACGAGAAUGAUGCUGGCCAAUUGUGACAAAAUUAUUGCCAAACGAAGUGGCAGGGGAGAUCGAGCACCGCGGAAAAUACUCUUGCCCAGCUCCGGGGCUGACGACGCGGUGGUCUUGCGUGCCUUGGAAGGGAGAGCUGCCGGAAGAAAUAAGGGAAGUAGAUGAACAUGAAUCAAAGAAGGCGCGAGCGACCUUAGUCAUCGCACACUGCAUCCGCAGAAGCCUAUAUUUUUCAUAGCGUUCCUGACUCCGACUCGCCGGUAAAAGUAAGGGGCAAGUUAGCCGCCUUCAGAUGAAGCUGAUGUUGCAACAACAAU